UGCUUCUUUUUAAAUAAAUCACACUUCUAGCUCAACCAAAAUACACAACAAUUCUCUAUGUGAUCAUCAUAGUGGCACAAACAACAUUAACAAUAUGGGUGGGAGUGAUUUGCAGGUUUUGGGAACAAAGUUAAGCCCAUUUAGUCACAGAGUUGAAUGGGCUUUGAAAUUGAAAAGUAUUGAUUAUGAAUUUGUAGAAGAAGAUCUCAGGAACAAAAGCUCAUUACUUCUCGAAUUGAAUCCAGUUCACAAGAAGAUUCCGGUACUCAUUCAUGGCAAAAAAGUGAUAUCCGAAUCACUAAUCAUUCUCGAGUAUAUUGAUGAGACAUGGAAAGAUAAUCCUAUCUUGCCAAUUGAUCCUCUAGAGAGAGCUUACGCUCGUUUUUGGGCAAAAUUCGUAGAUGAACAGUUAUUUCAAACAGCAAACAAGGCACUAUAUUCAGUUGGACAGGAUCGAGCAAAGGCACUUGAAUCAAUGGCUGAGGCAUUGCAACAUCUUGAAGGACAGAUAGAAGGAGAAAAUGGUAAAAAGUUCUUUGGAGGAGAGAAAAUAGGGUUUCUUGAUAUUGUGAUAGGUUGGGUUGCAUAUUGGUUCACGUUUGCAGAGGAAGCUGCUGAUCUAAACAUAAUAGAUUCGACCAAAUAUCCAUCAUUUGCUUCAUGGAUCAUUAACUUCCUCCAAGUUCCUGUCAUAAAGGACAACCUUCCUCCUCCCACUGAGCUGCGUCGCGUCUGCCAUAUGUUGCGGAUGAAAAUGGAAAAGAACGGAAAAGAUUAGUAAAGAAAAUGAGUGGAAGAAACAGCUAGUACAAGAAGAGAUGAAAAAAAAAAAAAAAAAUUAUAUGUUAAGAUUUAUGUUCUACUUCUUGAUAUAUUUUCUAAAUAAAGGAAAGGCUUAUGCAGAUCUGUUUGACUGAUAUAGAUUUAUGUUGUUUCAACCUAUAAAGAAAGUCUUGAGACAGUUACAAAAAUAUAUUUGGUUGA